GUGAAGGGAUUUUUUUUUUUUGAAAUAGAAUACCCGACCCAGCCCUAAUUGUCAAAAUGCGGACCGGUUCCGGGUCGGUUAUUAAGUCUUUGUGCUAUGAAGGAAGAAAAACAAGUAUUCUUCGUAAACCCUGAAACCACUGAAAUUGAAGGAUGGGUCUCGUCUCUUGGUUCACGGGCAACCCAAAGCCAAAGUCUCAACAAUCCGGGUCUUCCAAAUCAACAAACGACUCGAAAUCUGAAAUCCUCGCUGCCCCGGGUAUGAAUGGUGCCGUUGAAGUACCCCGACCGGCUGAGAGCGUGACGGUGUUCGAGUUCGGGACGAUUGCUGCUUCUGCUGAUAAGGUAACCGUAGCUGGGUACUGCCCUGUCUCCGACGACCUGGAGCCUUGCCGUUGGCAGAUCCUGCCGGCAACUGAAGCCGAAGCACCGCAGUUCCGCGUGGUAUUUUGAUGAGAUAAGAGAAUUUUUGCUUGUAAGAAACUGAAUUAGAAGAAUGAAUAUAAUUACAAUAGAAUUAUUGUUGUUUGAA